UCCACAUUUGUGGUCUCGUUGGAACAAUUGCAGCAUAGAAGAAAAGAUGCUACCAGCAGAGCUGGAAGAUCAAGAGCUUCAGCAUAAACACACGCAGGCCUGCAUGCGGAGAACUGUGACUGAGGAUGUUGACGACAUGGACAACAACAACCUGCCUGCGUGUGAGGAAGCUCUGGCUCCGACUCCGACUCCGACUCCGGCUCCGGCUCAACCGUGUCUCCGUAGAGCGGUUCAGCUUUUCAGCGGCGACAUGCGUCUCUGUGGACAGUGGGUGAAAAGACGGGUGGCGGCGGUCCAGCUGGUGGACUGGACGCUGCGAGGCGUUGCCCAGGUGAUGUUCGUGAACAACCCUGUGAGCGGCCUCCUCAUCACGGCCGGCCUCUUCCUGCAGGACCCCUGGUGGGCUGCGAACGGCCUGCUCGGCACCCUGGUCUCCACCGUUUCUGCCGUCUUGCUGCGUCAGAACAGGGAAGCCAUUUCAGCGGGUUUAUACGGCUACAAUGGAACCCUGGUUGGCGUAUUGAUGGCUGCGUUCUCCGCCAGCGGAAGCUGGUACUGGUGGCUUUUACUGCCAAAUAUCUUCAUGUCCAUGAUGUGCCCGGUGCUCUCCAGUGCUCUGGCCUCUGUGGCCGCGACGUGGGACCUCCCCAUAUUCACCCUUCCUUUUAACAUCCUGGUGUGCCUGCACGUCGCAGCCACGGGGGCCGCCCACCCCUUCUUCCCUGAGGUGAGCAUCCAGCCCAACCUGUCCUCUCCUAAUGGCUCAGUGGCCGACCUCAGCAUCUCCCAGCUCCUCCUGUCGGUGCCGGCUGGAGUCGGCCAGGUGUUCGGCUGCGACGGCCCGUGGACAGGAGGCCUCGUCCUUCUGGCCCUGCUGCUCUGCUCGCCCACCAUUUGCCUGCACGCCUUGGUGGGCUCUGCCGCCGGCGCGUUGUCAGGACUCGCUCUGGCGGCGUCUCACAGGGACGUGUACUCGGGCCUGUGGGGGUUCAACAGCGCCCUGUCCUGCGUCGCUGUUGGAGGCGUCUUCUAUGUCCUAACGUGGCAAACGCAUCUACUUGCCCUCACGUGCGCUCUUUUCUGUGCGUACAUGACUGCAGCUGUAUCCAAAUCGAUGUCUGUGCUUGCAUUACCGGCCUGCACAUGGCCUUUCUGCCUGUCCACUCUCAUCUUCCUCCUCAUUUCCUCCGAGACCCCGGCCAUCUGCAGACUGCCUCUGUCUGUGGUCUCCUACCCCGAGGAAAAUCUGCGCUACCAGAGACAAUUAAAGGCCUCGGAGAAAGCGCAGCAGCGUCAGCACGGCGGUGGCCAAGAAGAGGCCCCGCUGAAGGAGAGCGGCGAGUCCAAAUCCCAGCCAGCUGGGGAGAGGCGCUGCAGUGAAUCUGGAUGAGGGGAGGAGAUGCUCUUCCUCUCUCUCCUAGUCAGACACAUUUUUGGCCUUUUCUAUCUUACAUAAGAAACUGUGUUAUAUAAAAUGCCAGCAGCGAGGUGCUCUAAAUGGCAAACAUUUGUCUCUGCACUGCACCUGUUCUGCACAGCAGGGGGCAGCACUUCUCCAAGAAGAGACAGGACCACUGUGACUGCAGAGCUAACGCUAAUUCUGAGGAGGUUUGAAUGAGUGACCACAAUUAUCUCACUACUUAUUGGCAAUAAUGCAUAUUUGAUAAAGAUUUAACCUCUCAGGCAGUUUUGUGUUUUCGUUUACAGCAGUUGUCAAUCAACCAAGCCCAAGGAAGUCAAAAUGACCUCUUUCUCCCUAUAUACCUUUCUAACACAACUAUAGCGGUUGCUAGGAAAUGAUUGAAAUGCAGCUGAGCAUUGCAUCAGUGCAGACACUGCUCCUCCACCAAAAACUCCCUCUUCUCUGCCGGCAAUAAUCCAUCACUGCCUCCUGUACUGCAAUCUGCCCCAUUGUUUCCUCUAAUCAUUUCUCUUGUCCUCUCUUUUGUGUUCCCUACUCUCCCUCUAGCGCAACCUAACAUAUCUUUCUAAACCCUUUUUUGCACAUCUGACUCAUCCUCUACCUGCCCCCCCCCCCUUGUCUCACCCUUCUGUUUCUCAUCAAGACAAUCACAGCCUCGGUAAAAAGAGGCUACCAAGAUGUCGACUGAUCAAAUAUUCAGAGCUCUGUCCAAGUCUGCAUGUAUAUUUGCAUUUAUAUAUUUAUGUGUGUCUUUAUUGCCAUCUGCCCGUCUGUUUAUCUGGUGCACCGAGACAUUCGGUCUGGCCAGUGGGACACAUAAGAGACAGUCACACUCCCAGACAUGUGUGGGAGCUGCAGUACAUUAGGAGGCAAGGCGCGAGACGAGGGUAGGGGAUGUGUCUGAAAAUGAGAACAUCUAAUUUUCUUGCCUGGUGAUAAAAUAUGACUUGUUGUGACUGAUUUGUUUGCCAGAACAUCUAAUAUGCAUUUCUUUUUUCCCUUCGCCCUUCAUUUGAACCCAAACGCUCAACGGAGCGGUUUUGCGGUUUUCCCUGCAUCGCCGGGGGAAACUUCAACACUGUUGGUAGUUCCUCUCCUGUCUACCGGUGCUGCUGGGCAGAGGUGACCUUGGUCUGUGGCUUUUACUGCAGCCUUUCACACAGCAAAGAUUGAACCCAGUGACUUCUGAGGGACGGGAUAAGUGCUGGCUGUGGUUUGAUGGUGUCAUUUCCCCCCUUGUGCUAGUGCUGUGCGCUCGCAGCAGUGUGAUUCACCUGCAGACAGCACCGACUGCUCCCACAACACAUAACUGGGGGAAAAUGAGACAGAGCUGAACCCAGCGCAUCGUCACGUAGAUCUGCUCCAGCUGAGAAUAAGGCUGAGCUCGUCUCAAGAUGUAGGUCGAAGUGUUUUAUAACUGGAGCUAAAAUAAAAACAUAUGUAACGUCCAAGUCUGAUGAAAAACCAUACAUGUAAUCACUUAGAACAGAAAUAACCUGCACUGCAUGAGGUCAAGCUAUAUUACCCUGCCUCCUUGUGGCUCCAGCAUCACUCAGCGCCGUACAAAUUAUAUAAACAGGCACCUGAAGUGCUCUUAUCGCGAUGCGUUCAAUGUCUACAUCAACCAUUACAUUGCUUUUGCUCUAACCCUCCCUCAGUGAACUGAUUUCUCUACUUAGCUUUGGCGUUCGCUCCACUUCACAGAUGGACCCUUUGACAUUCUCUUUGUAGACUUUGUUUGUGCGACUUCACAGCUUCAUCGAUGGUGGCACAGCGUCCUGGUCCAGACACAGCAAAGCGCCACGUUUCACAGAUGGGACAAGGUUCCUGUGCCCGUUUGCUUGUCACAACACAACACUUCAUUCAAGUCUGAAAAGUUCCACUAUGGUCUUGUUUAUCUAUAAAACUCCUGUAAUUGGGCCGCAUCAGCUUCCGCCUGAUAACUUUUGUAAACCUUUCUAGCCUGGUGACCAUCAUUGAAUCACCUAAAUAAACUAAUAAACUUCUCCACCUUCAAACUGA